AUGCCGAUUCAUUCUCGGCGCCGCUGCUAUGUCAUCCAGUUAGCAGCUAAUGAAGACAUGCCGGCGGUACUGAGCUCCAGACCUCAGACGGGACUCUCCUUCCUGGCACCAGAACCAGAAGAUCUGGAGGACCUGUACACCAGAUACAAGAAGCUGCAGCAGGAGCUCGAGUUCCUGGAGGUGCAGGAGGAGUACAUCAAAGAUGAGCAGAAGAAUCUGAAGAAGGAGUUCCUGCACGCUCAGGAGGAGGUGAAGAGGAUACAGAGCAUCCCUCUCGUCAUUGGCCAGUUCCUGGAAGCUGUUGACCAGAACACAGCUAUUGUUGGUUCCACUACAGGGUCCAACUACUAUGUGCGGAUCCUGAGCACCAUCGACAGAGAGUUGCUGAAGCCCAACGCCUCGGUGGCCUUACACAAGCACAGCAACGCUCUGGUGGACGUGCUCCCCCCGGAGGCUGACAGCAGCAUCAUGAUGCUGACGUCAGGAUGUUACGUGACUUAUUUUUUUAUCACGAACGACUCGGUCAUGUUCAGCCUUCUGACUCUUCCUCAGAUUGGCAUCGACCCACCCAGAGGCGUCCUUAUGUACGGACCUCCAGGCUGCGGUAAGACCAUGUUGGCCAAAGCCGUGGCUCACCACACUACAGCGGCGUUCAUCCGCGUGGUCGGCUCCGAGUUCGUUCAGAAGUAUUUGGGGGAAGGUCCUCGUAUGGUGAGGGACGUGUUCCGGCUGGCGAAAGAAAACGCCCCCGCCAUCAUCUUCAUCGACGAGAUCGACGCCAUCGCAACAAAGCGUUUCGAUGCACAGACCGGAGCUGACAGGGAAGUGCAGAGAAUCUUACUCGAGCUGCUCAAUCAGAUGGACGGAUUCGACCAGAAUGUCAACGUCAAGGUGAGCCGAGCCUCUUAACUGUUUCCCCCUGUGGCUGCACCNGGUCGUCUGGACAGGAAGAUCGAGUUCCCGUUGCCCGACCGCAGGCAGAAGCGUCUCAUUUUCUCCACCAUCACCAGUAAAAUGAACCUGUCAGAGGAGGUCGACCUGGAGGACUAUGUGGCCCGACCAGACAAGAUCUCUGGAGCUGACAUCAACUCCAUCUGCCAGGAGGCCGGCAUGUUGGCAGUGCGAGAGAACAGGUACAUCGUCCUCGCCAAAGAUUUUGAGAAAGCCUACAAAACGGUCAUCAAAAAGGACGAGCAGGAGCACGAGUUCUACAAGUAGACGGAAAAGAUCAUCGGGAAGAAUAAAGAAGAUUUCCAGACACACGUCUGUUAUUGAUUUCCGUCUGUGUCUGUAACUACGGCGAGUCUUUUGUGAAUUCACGACCUGCGUUGAUUUUUGGACUAAAUUUACUCACUGUGGCGCUCGUGGCCUCACGUCAGCCCCGUGUCACACCACCAUGUGAAGUAGUGCGUUUUCCUACAUGCGCUCCUCUGGUUCCUGAAACAUCUGGCCCUGACUGUAGCUAGGAUAGAGCAUUUGUAUCUGUGUGUAGUCUGAAUAACCCGAGAAAUACAUUAAAGAUGUUUUCCAUAAAAACAGGAAA